ACCAAGCACAAUGAACCCAACAGCUGCGGAGGGGUCCAUGGCUGCUCCCUUCAGUCCAGAACAGUCCUUGCCCCCCGUGCCACGACCUCACGCCGUCAGCGAAGUCACCCCAGCCAAGAGGAUAACUUUUUUUAAGAGCGGAGAUCCCCAAUUCGGCGGAGUCAAAAUGGCCAUCAACCGGCGUAGCUUCAAGAGUUUCAGCGCGCUCAUGGACGAUCUCUCCAACCGCGUCCCAUUGCCAUUCGGCGUAAGGACGAUCACCACACCGCGGGGGACUCAUAGCAUCAACAGACUGGAACAGCUGAAGGACGGCGGCCGCUAUGUUUGCUCUGAUAAAAAAUACGUCCAACCCAUCGACCUCGGUGGAUCGGGGCGCAAAAUGGGGGUCCAUCGACCACAACGCCCCAUUAGUGCUCGAAGGCACGGUCAACAAGAGGACGUGGAUGACGACCACCCCGCCGCCGAUAUCCCGCAGGCUCCAAAGCUACGGAAAAAAAUCACUUUGGUGAAAAAUGGAGACCCAUCUGUUAGACGUUCCAUCGUCCUGAACCGCAGGAACGCGCGCAGCUUCAAAGCGUUCAUUGAGGACGCGUCUGAUCUCCUGCAGUACAGCGUCAGGAGGCUCUACACUGUGGAUGGUAGAAGGAUUGAAAACAUGCAGGGGGUGCUUCAGUCACCCGCCAUACUGAUUUGCGUGGGUCGAGAGCCCUUUAAACCCAUCCAAGUCGACAACGCAAGGAAAGGUGCCCCCGAGAAGCUGCCCGGACUCCGCUCCCAUCCCGGCGUCACCAGCGAGGUCAUGGACAACAAGAAAAAUGCAAACUUUGGGCUGAAAACGAAGAAAAGCGUAAUCCAUCCCCGGUCUGCCUCGAGCAACAAAACCAGGUUUUCUCUGUCCUCAGACAAAUCCUACCCCAACGGUCUCAACAUGUCCCCAGUGAGCAAUGGCUUUGCAGCCUUCGCCGACGAAGGUCCACACGCCAAGUCGGACGACACGCCCCACUCUUUAGUCAACGACGACAUUGAAAAGAAGGUCCACGUCAACAAAGAUGGCAGCCUUUCGGUGGAGAUGAAGGUCCGCUUCCGUCUUUUAAACGAAGAAACCCUUCAGUGGUCUACGCAGAUCAAAAAAUCCAGCACGCUAGGGAAGGCAAAAUGCGAACAGCUUCACUUGUACCACGAAGAUGACCUUGAGACCAAGAAGCAGAUGGACCCAGAAAACUUCUCCGAGACAGACGAUUCCUUUUACCCAUGCGACGCGGAGUCCUACAGUUCAAAGCUAAACGACGCCGAGUUAGACGAUAUGUACUGUUCUCAUUGUGGAAUGCAAUGCCAGGAGUAUGAUAUUUGGAAGAAUCCCCUACAUAUUGACCCACAUGAUGAUUACGCCAAGCAAAGCACUUGGCAAACUCAAUCAUCGACUUCCAGCACAUCAUCUCACCGAAGGUUAAGGAGCAAUCAAGACAGCCUCCGUACCGUGUCUUCCGAGGAAUACACCGAGCAUGUUCUUCACAAGUCUUCAAGUUACUCAGAAACGAGAGGAAGUGGAGAGACAACGGUGCGAUAUUCUGCUGUAAGCCAAUGUACGUGUCGUAGCACUCAGUCGGUUAUCUCGAAUGUAGACAUGGUGUCGGAAAGCGGGUGUAGACAUACCAGAGGAUACCAAAACAAGUCGUGUCCCAGUCCGAAGAGUUUGUGUGCUCCGCCGAACCAGUGUCCUGGGAAGUUCCGUGGGUCAAAAAACGUAAGAGCUGGAAGUUCUGAAGACAAGGCUGAAACAUCUCCAAGACCGUGUUCCAAUGGUGAAUGCCAAAGAGUAAGCGCGAUGUCUGAGUCGUCAUCUCGGAAAUGUCAUAGAAGGAUGAGCACGAGGAGCAGCACAAAUCCAAGAAGUCCUACGUCAAACAUAAGCUGCGACGAAGAAAACCAACAAGGCAGAGGAGACCUCUCAACUCCCACAAGGAAUAUUUCACGAGCGUCAAGUGCAAACAGUGACUUUAAAGACAUGGGUGGUGGUGAAGGUGCGGAGAUACCUGCAGCCCAUGAGAAAAUGAAUAGUGAAUGUAAUACAGAAAGUAAUGAACUUGCAUUGGACUCCUCAAGGACUCCAGGCAAUGGUGAUGAAGAAUCUUCAACAAGAGCAUCAUCUCCUUCGAGUAAACAUUCUGAUAAAAGGAGGACACCGAGAAUCAACAGUGGACAGAAGAACACCUGGCGUUCUUGUAAUUCUGUUUCCUCGUCUUUAAUUUCAGUGGAAGGUAGUGAAACCCUAUUACCAGAUGCUGGCCGUGUUGGACCUUGCGAUGAGGAAGUCAAUUUAGAAACAAGUAACUUAAUUAACUCAAAUGUGAAUUCAUAUGCUGAUAAACGUCAACAGACUCUACGAUCUAACCAUUCACUCCAGUCUUCCUCAUCUGUUGCAGAAUCUAUUCCAUGUCACAAACAAGAUGACCAACCCAGUUCUAACAGCCCCGACAAUUGUGAGGAGUCCCAGAAAAGCCACCCUGUCUGUAAAUCCCAAAACAACACGGCCAGUCCUGCUCACUCACAAACAUCAGGUAAAUCGCAGUCCAUCGGCUCGAAAUACAAUUGCGUUAGUUGUCCUGAAAACGACAAGCUUCAUAGCAUGAGCUCCAGGGUUUCCUCUCUUUCCGAAAAGAAGAGCAAGCGCUCGGACUCUUCUGAUAUCUGUGACCAUGAGUCCACUCACGGUAACGUUAAAGAAACAAAACAGACGGGGGACCCAAACAACGUUGAUCAAAGUGCAAAAACAUCAAGCAAAGCAUCGGACUCCGAGUUUGAAUGUGCUUACAGUCCUUCUCCACCAAAGGGACACCCAGCCAAAAGGAAUCUUAGACGGUCAAAGUUUAAACAUUCCAGUAGCAGUGUCUCCAGUGACCAGGUGAAGACCUUUGAGAUAGCAGAAAAGAUGGGAAGCUCAAGGUCUUCCACACCUGAGUCGAAGGGUGUUUCGGCAUCAAAAGACAGUAUAGAGACCUGCAAGAAAUUUAAAAAUACCACCAACAGGAGUACGGAGGAAGUAACAAACACUAAGAGUCGGAAAAACAGUACUAGCUCCUCAAAGAAGAAGGUCCACAAUGAGUCUGUAGAUACAGAUAACAAAAAUCACGAUGAGCUUAUUCCAGCGGCAUUGCCAAAUGCAUCCUCAAUAGAAGUUGUUCACGAGUGGCUAAGAAAGAUACCGUCGGGAACGUUGGUUGCUGAUUCUGAAGUGGAAGAAUGUCCGGCAAAGGCAUCCCAGGACACCAACGGCGAGAUGAUGGAGCCCAUAACUACCAAAGGAGCAGAAGAAAGGCAAAUAAGUAAAGACUGUAUAGUAGAAACACAAAUUAGCAAUCCAACGCAAAAUGAGGUUAAUAAAGCUCUUGACAAAGUCAAGAUAGAAGGAAAGGACGAACGUGCUUCGCCAGACAAAGUGCAAGAAAACAAUGCCGAGUGCUGUAAGGCAUCUGUAAAACCAAUUUGUCACCAAAAAGCUCUCCCAACUACCAUCAAUACAUCUGUCCAAAUAAUGAAAGCACUGCUAAGCCCGUCACAAGAAUCUAAAUUUGACAGGUCCAACAGUUUGCCCGAGGUGUCUCCUGUUAUGGGACGAAAGCUCAGCAAUUCAGCAAAGGCUUUGAUCUCUUGCCUUGAUAGUCUACAGCUCCUGGAUGAUGGCCGACCAGAUCCUUCAGGCAACUCAAAGGAGUACAACAAACCCAAGUAUACUGAAUUGAUAAACAUUUUCCAGGCCUUAUGGGCAGAAGGCCCAGCUAAGAAAUGUGUAAAGAAUGUUAAAUCUGGAAAGCAUUACUCCAGGGAAGAUGAAGUAACUCCUGGUUCAUCUUCGGGAGUUGAUGUCAACAGCGGAUUCGGAGGCUCUGGGGAUGGUAGCGUAAUUGGCGGUGAUUGUCCCGCGACGGCGGUAAAAGCAGAAGAAAGCAUAUUGGUCGGAGCAACCACGGACGUGAAAAUGAUCAAUAACAUCACGGCAUGCAAUGGAUCUCGUCAAACUCUUUCUGAAGAUGAACAGCGUGCAACAGAUCUCAAACCAACUAAGGACGCUAAGACAUCUUCUCGUCCCGGUGAAGCUAACUCACCUAAUGUAGAUGAAAACAUGAAUGAGAAGAAAAUAGACCCUCAAGACAAUAACGCGAGAGAUGGAGAACCUCCAAAUGAUGUUUCAGAGCACUCAGAUGACAAUUUCCCUAAUGUUGAUGGAGGAUUGAUUGGAAAUCUUAAGCAAAAAACUGGAAAUAAUGAUAAUCUAAAUAAUCUUAACAAUGCCGACAACAAUCCGCAACCAAAUGUGUCUAACUCCCCAGAAACAAAUUGUAUCGAUUCUCCCAGCGACACGCAGUCCACUUCCAUCUCUUCCGCUGAUUCCAAUGGAAAAACCGAGGCGGGGGAGGAUAAGCAGCCGUCUGAUGCGGAUCCAGUCUGGGUGCUAAAGCUGCUCAAGAAAAUCGAGAAGGAAUUUAUGGCGCACUACGUGGAUGCUAUGAAUGAGUUUAAAGUUAGAUGGAAUCUAGAAAACAAUGAGAAUCUUGAUGAAAUGAUAGCGGAACUAAAGGCUGAAGUGAAUGAAAGGAUUCAAAGGAGUAUCGCAAACGAGCUAAAGAAAAUAAAGAGGCGAGCAGGGCAGAAAGUACCAAGACCUCCAGAUGAAGGCUCGAGGAGGAAGUCUUCUCUACAAGCAGAAGAGAGGAGAAAACAUCUGCAAACUAUGCGCAAACGAUCAGUCUUGCUGCUUGCGAACGGAGACAACCGGGGAAACUGGACAAAUGACGUUUCAUGCGAGACCGAUGAGGAAGAUCUGACAUUCAGUGCAUCAUUUGGAGACGAAAUCAAUGGACAACCAAAUGGUGAAGAGUUUUGUCCCUGUGAAACAUGUAUUAUAAAGAAAAGAGCUUUCAUAUUAUCCAAACCCAAAGCUGCAGUUGCUGAUGCCCCAAUCAUAAGAGCGUUUGAUCUCCAACAAAUCUUGAAGAUGAAGAAAGAGAUUCAUGAAGUCGCCAAUGAAGGAAUAAUUAACUCAAAAGUGGAUGAGUGCAACAAGGAAAUGGGUGAAGCCAUCGCAGAGCAUGGUGGCACAGACGUGAGCAGAGACUGCAAGAACGAAGAAGGCUCUUCAAGUCAUUCAAGACUUGGAGAUAAGACGAGUCAAGUCAAGUCAGAAUGUUCAGCUGAAGAACAAGAAGACAUUGGUCUUGAUGACCAUGCUUCAGUAGAGUUUGAGAAUGAAGAUCACAGCGAUGAUGAUUUUCAAGGUAAAGGAGGAGAACAUCAAGACAUAACAGAAGAGAAAAAACAGGAUGAAGGCUUGGAAGAUGAGGAACAAGAUGCCAAUACAGUUGAGAAGGAGGAAUGUUCAACUGUGAAUUGUCCAACUGAAAAUGACACAACUAGCAACCUUGAAGAGACACAAAGUAGUGAUAAAGAAACCGCUUCCUCCAAGUUAGACGAUGGUCAUACUGUGGAACGAGACUUAGAAUCCACUAUGGAGGAUGAGGAAGAAAAAAGUACCACAGAAGAUGGAGAUGAGCCAGACCAGUUGAGUAUAGAUUCUAAAGUACCAGAAGAAAACAAUGAAAGCAAAAGUAUCAGUGGAGAAAAUGAAGCAACUGAAAGCAACAAAGAAGGAAAUGUCAGUGAAGAUGACGAAGAACAGACUUCAGAGGGAAGUCAAAGUUGUUGCUUGCAGAAAUCUUAUUUGGGUCAACAUUCAGUCAUAACCCGGAACGGCUCUGCUGAUGAAGGCGACAAAGACUUUAAGGGCAUGAACGGCAGCACCGGGGAAUCAUCACCUAAUGGGCAGUCGAACAGUUCCGGCAGUAAGCAGGCCCAGAUGUACCCAGAUAGUUCUUCAGACGACGAAGCUGGAGACUCUACCUGCGCGAGCCCUGUCGGAAUGAACAAGAAUGAAGCUGCCGGCAGAGUAUACGUCAACAACAAAGGAAGCUUUGAGGAAAGUGAAAAUACCUCAAAGAAGGAUUCACAAGAGGAAGUUAUAGACCAAGACGACUUUGACUUUUAGUAGAUCUUUUUUCUAUUUUUUGCUUGAAUUUAAUUUCUUUCCAACGAUAUCUAGAAGCGCUGUGAAUUUUAUUUAUAUAUCAACUACUUCCACACCGUGUCAUGUAUAAUGCUAAUAUUUCAGGCUUAGAGCUUUAUUGGUUAAUUAAAAACACUAAUUAGCAAAUCAAAUAUUUAAUUGUUUGGGUUAAUGAGGCUACGGAAAUUCUGAACCUGGUGCUAACUUAGAAGUGUAUUUAAAACUGACGCUGUUUGAGAGACCAAUGGGUGAGAAUGAUUUGCCCGCGUGUGAGUUUAAAGGGUCAACUAUUUUAUCCUGCCCAUGAACCGUUGGAUGUUCUUUGCACGUCUUGGUAUGUCUCCAAGUGAUGCUGGAUGUUGU